UGCACUCUUCAAUCUUUUCCUAAGCGAGUACAAAGUUUACAGUCUCAGGAGGCGGUUCAUUAGUCUCUGGAAAAUUGUCCAUGGACAUUCAUGUGGAAGCUAACAACGUACAGGUCCCCAGUUCGAUGACUAUCCCCACCAGCUCGAGUGGACCUGCGGCCGGAUCAACCCCAGCGCCCGCUGGAAGCACGCCAGCGGUGUCUACUUCCGCAGCGCCUGGAGCAAGCACUGCUACUGCGUCAGGCCAGAAUCCGACCACACCUUCGGGUUCAACAACGGCCUCCAGCGGGGGAGGAAGCGUCACUACUGCGCCAUCCACAACACCCGGACCAGCCACAACAGCCACAUCAGCCGCACCAAUGUAUCCUGACAAGGGAAGCUCAGCAAACUCGAAAAUGUCUCCUGAUGUAGAUCGGACAGCCUUAGAGUUGCAUAACUACUAUCGCUCAAUACACGAAGCACCUCUUCUGUCCCUCGAUGACAGUCUCCGAAAAGACGCUCAAGAGUACGCCUACAAAGUGGCUAAAAGUCAGUUGCUAAGACCUGAACAGGACUCUGUGCUUACAUCCAAGGAUGAAGGAGAAAACCUGGGAUUUCGGUGCUCUAUAACUCGACCUGAUCCUUCGAGAGCGCUAAGACAGAUCAUGAAACGAUGGUAUGACGAGGGAUGCAAUUACAAAUUCCACGAACCCCUGUCAGAUAGAUUCGGUCACAGGCAUUUCACGCAACUGACGUGGAAUGGAAGCCAGAAGCUCGGGGUCGGAAUCGCAUAUGGUCGAGUCAAAAAUCUGCAGUGUCUGUACUUUGUCGCCCGUUACAGGCCCCGCGGGAACACGGGUGCAAAGUUAGAUUACGAAAAGAACGUGAGGAAAGGUGUUUUUGAUUCGUCUUUCUGUAAACCAAUAGCAAACCAUCUGUCUAAACAGGAAGUCGUCUUGAAAGACUAAUUACCAAUCGUAUCUGUCAAUCACAAUAUUCUAUUUUGUCUAACCUGAUGAAAUAAAGGAGAUUAUUAUUUUUCCAG